CAAGGCGUUGGUGGUAUUGUUCCAGGUCGAUUCGGCACCCUCAAGCCGAACGUGCUCGGAAGUCAUUUAAAAGCGAUUUUUGCCAAGGAUUUACCCGUAGACCGACUGAUAAGCGUCGGCGGUCUGAACUCAGCCGGAUGGAGAGUAGUAUUCGGAGCGGUUCCAGAAGGUUCUCACUUAGAGCACAAGUAUCUUCGUGUGCCCCGGGUGAACUUGCAGAAAUCCGCAGGAGGUUUGCCAUAUUUGCAAGAUUUGUGCUUCGAAGAAAAUAGUGCAAGUAGCUCGU